UCUGAAAAGAUCAGGAGAGACCCAUUCACUGGGAUGGAAGAGCGCUGGGAAACGCAAUGGGAGCAGUUCCUCCAGACGCUGCAACCCUCCUACUCCAGAGGGGGGAUCUUGGACGCUUCUCCUUGGGAAGACCCCAAGGCCUUCCUGGCCUCCUUUGAGCAGGUGGCCACAGCCUGCCGCUGGCCCAGGGGAGAGUGGGCGUCCCGCCUCCUGCCGGCCCUUUGCAGAGAAGCUGAAGCGGCCUUUCGGAGCCUGGACACAAUUCAUCAAGGGGAUUAUGAGAAUGUGAAGGUGGCCAUUUUGAGGGGAGAAGCUGUGAAAAUGGAGGCGCAGCGUCAGCGUUUCAGGCAGUUCUACUGUCAGGAGGUGGAAGACCCACGAAGGGUUCAAAGCCACCUCCAGGAGCUUUGCCACCAGUGGCUGAAGCCGGAGAGACACACCAAGGAGCAGAUCCUGGAGCUCUUGAUCUUAGAGCAGUUCCUGGCCAGCCUGCCUCCAAAGCUUCAGGGCUGGGUUCAGUCAAAGAGGCAGGACAUGUCUUCCCAGGCGGUGGCCCUGAUGGAGAACUUCCUUACGAGCCAGCAAGACGUCAAAUCCCAGUCAUGUCAGAGGCCAUUAAAAGGGGAGCGUGUGGUUUUCUUACACGAAGAAAAGUCUGGGGAGACUGUGAAGAGAGGACAAGCUGCGAUGGAGAUCAAUAUGCUGGGUUUUCGAGGGCAGCUGAGGGAAAAAAUGCUGAAAGAGGAAAAAGCAGGAAGUCCAAAAUCAGAAGAGGAAACAGAUGGAGGAAAACUCUCCUCUGCAACUCAGCCUUGGUCUGGAUCUGAGCAACAGCCAGGGCAGGCAGCCUCCCAGAAGAGCAAAGAGGAAUCUUUCUGCGGGGUGGAAGAGGGCUGGGAGGCCGAGUGGCAGCCGUUCCUCCAGACGGUCCCACCCCCUCCCACCAGAGGGAAGAAUCCGAUGAUGUCGGAGGCUUCUCCCUGGGGAAACCCCAAGGCCUUCCUGGUGUCCUUCGAGCAGGUGGCCCAAGCUUGCCGCUGGCCUAGAGAGGAAUGGGCCGCCCAACUCUUCCCAGCCUUGAGCGGAGAAGCAGAAGAGGCCGUCCAAAAGCUGGAAAUCCAAGAGCAGGAAAACUAUGGCAAAGUGAAGGCGGCCAUCUUGCGAGGGGAAGCCCUGAGAACGGAGGCGCAGCGGCAGCAUUUUCGGCAGUUCUGCUGCCAGGAGGUGGGAGACCCCCGGAGACUUUACGGCCAGCUCCAGCAGCUGUGUCUCCAGUGGCUGAAGCCCGAGAGACACACCAAGGAGCAGAUCCUGGAGCUGCUGGUCCUGGAGCAGUUCCUGGCCAGCCUCCCGCCUGACCUCCGGAGCUGGAUCCAAGCGGGAAGGCCGGACACGUGUUCCCAGGCGGUGGCUCUGGUGGAGGACUUCUUGUCAAGCCUGCAAGAGGCCAAAUCUGGAUCCUGUGAGGGACUGCUGAAGGAAGAGCCUGUGGAUUUUGACCCUGCAGAGGAAGACCUCUUGGAAACAAUGAAGAGAGAGAGAGUUGAAAUGGAGAUCAGUACAUUGGGUAAUAGAUGGGAAAGUGAGGUCAAGGUGGAGCAUUCCCUGGAUGAAGGUGAAGAGCCAGAGGCAACAUGCAGGACAGACCCGUUGAGAAGCCAUGUGAAUCUGCCACUGCAGGCCCAAAGCCUGGAAGAAAAGUGCAAGAUAAAAAAACAGCAGCAGCAGAAGACACCCGCGGAGAAUGAGAAGGAACGUAUUUUGCUUGCAAAAAGUUUUUCUGCUGCUGUUAUUGGAAAGGCCACUUUAUCCGGCACGGAUAAAAUGCCCUUGUUCUCCAAGUAUGGUAGAAAAUAUCACUACAGAGUGGAACUUGACAUGAUAGAUUCCACUGAUGACUUUGAAGACUGCCCUAGGUCAGAGGAAGAUCUCCAGUGUGCUUCCAACUUUGGUGAAAAGGAAGAAAAUACUACAACUGAGAAAAAGUGUGAAUUUUCUGGGAACGGAAUAGGGAAUCCUUUGAACAGACAUCCAUGUAGUCAUCUAGAAGAAAAACAUGAUAACUCUCUUGAGUAUGUGAAAACCUUUAGUAACGCAAACUCGCUAAAAAUAAUUCAGGCCCCUAAUGCUGAAAGGAAAUUGUAUGAAUGUUCUCAGUGUGGGAAAUGCUUUGGUAAAUUUAGCCAAUGGAAUCAGCAUCAGAAAAUUCAUACUGGAGAAAGACCAUACAAAUGUUCCCAGUGUGGGAAAUGUUUCAAUCAGGCAGGAAAUCUGAAGACCCACCAAAAAAUUCAUACUGGGGAGAGACCCUACAAGUGUUCCCAGUGUGGGAAAUGUUUCAAUCAGGCAGGAAAUUUGAAGACUCACCAAAAAAUUCAUACUGGAGAGAGACCCUACAGAUGUUCUCAGUGUGGGAAAAGCUUCACCCGGGGGAUACUUUUGAAGAUACAUCAAAGAAUCCAUACUGGAGAAACACCAUACAGAUGUUCUGAAUGUGGGAAAGGAUUCAAUGAGAUGCGCAACUUGAAAAGGCAUCAGAGAAUUCAUACUGGAGAGAAACCUCACAAAUGUUCCCAGUGUGGGAAAUGCUUCACUGAAGCAGAUGUUUUGAAGAUACAUCAAAGAACACACACUGGAGAGCGACCAUACAAAUGUUUGGAGUGUGGAAAAUGCUUCAAUAAAUCAGGAACCUUGAGGAGACAUCAAAGAAUUCAUACCGGAGAGAGACCCUACAAAUGUUCUCAGUGUGGCAAAGGUUUUAAUCAAAUGGGAACUUUGAAAAAACAUCAGAGAAUCCAUCCUGGAGAGAAACACUACAAAUGUUCUCAGAUCCAUACAGCAAUUUAUAUUGGAGAGAAACCACACGAGUGCUCUGAAUGCGGGAAAUGCUUCAGACAGGCAGGACUUCUGAAGAGACAUCAAAGAAUUCAUACUGGAGAGAGGCCAUACAGAUGUUCUCAGUGUGGAAAAUGGUUCAAUCAGUCAGGAACUUUGAAGAGACAUCAGAGAAUUCAUACCGGGGACAAACCAUUCCAGUUUCUUAGUGUUGAAAACGCUUCCGUCAGGGAAGUAACUUGAAGAGCUAUCUGGGAAUUCAUAUUUAAGGAAGAAAUCACAGAUAUAACUAAAACCUAGUGGGAAGAAUCUCCAUGGUUGGGAUAUAGUAAUUGAAAGGUACAAUCCAUUGAAAAGGAAGAGGGGCAGUAGAACAGGAGGAAGAGUGUUAGUGUAUGAUACUGUUUUUAUCCAUUCAAUCGUGUCCGAUUCUCAGAGACUGCCUGGACAAGCCCCUGCAGGUUUUUUGGCAAGGUUUUCGGAAGUGGUUUGCCAUUACCUCCUUCCCAGGGCUGACAGAGAGUGACUGGCCCAAGGUCACCCAGCUGGCUUCGUGCCUUAGGCGGGACUAGAACUCUCGGUCUCCCAGUUUCUAGCCCGCUGCCUUAACCACUAGGCCAAACCGACUCAAUGUAUGAUAGGGAUUAAUUAAAUCAAUAUAAAGGUUGGUGCCUCCCAUCACUCACCCAAGCCAUGAGUGAUGUGGAUUAUGCUUUCUGAAAGCAGAGAGGGAUCUGGAAUAAAACUCGAGUUGUAAUCCCGAGUCCAAUUUAUUGCUUAGGAGCUUUUGAAAAGAAAACGGAUUAUUGCACGCUUCAAGUCCAUUAAGGGAUACCAUACAGAAUAAGGGAACUUGUUCUCUCUCAUUCCAGAAGGUAAAACAUGAAAGCAUGGAUUGAAUGCUAGGAAAAAAACUUCAAAUCGUUCAUUAGCAAUAAGAAUGGUUGAGCAGUUGGACCAACUGCAGUGAGAGGAUGGGCUCCCCUUCCCUAGAUGUGUCCAAGCAUGGGCUGGAAAGGAGCUUGUCAUGGAUACUUUAUUUGGGAUCCCUGCAUGGAU